AUGGCUUCAAAAGAAGGCGAUAAAAAUAAGGCAGCACAAGGUGCCGGUGACAAUAAAGAGAAGCGGAGAAAAGAGUCUAUCUUAGAUUUGAGUAAAUAUCUAGAGAAAAGUAUUCGUGUUAAGUUUGCUGGGGGUCGUGAAGCAGCGGGUAUAUUGAAAGGAUAUGAUCCUUUACUAAACUUGGUAUUAGAUAAUACAACAGAAUUUCUAAGAGAUCCGGAUGACCCAUAUAAACUAUUAGAUGAUACAAGAGCUUUAGGUCUUGUAGUUUGCCGUGGGACUUCUGUAGUUUUGAUUUGUCCAAUGGAUGGCAUGGAGGCAAUUCCCAAUCCAUUUAUUACUCAAGAAGGA